CACUGACGUGAAAAAUAAAGCAUCACUAAUUAUGAACGUUUCUUACGUUUUUACCAUUCCAAAUUGUGGAACUUAAAAUACUCCGCUAUUAAAUUGACAAGGUACAUUAUACAUUGUUGAUUCCAGUUUGAAAACACGGAUCCAGCGAAGAGUAAAUUCUUCGACCUUGAUAGUGAUCUCAUGACAUAAUUCCAAGUUGUGGGUAGAAGUAUAUGCGAUAACGUUCCCGUAUCUUUCUGCGUAGUUUGGUUAUGUUAUGAUAGCCCACAAAAUUUUCGGUACGGUUUGCUGACAUAACCGGCAAGUGCUAGAUCACGUAAACAAACUUGAUUCAAUUUUCUCAUGGGCUUUAUCGACGAUGAAUUGCAAGAAGUGUCAAAACUUUGUCAAAAUGUCGUUGACGGUAGCCGUCUUGUUUCCUGUGUGCGCACAAUGGUGCGAGUGGAAAUAACAAAAACAAAGUUCAAAACGAUCGUUGCGUGCAUUCAAUUCUCAAAGGAUUAUCCACGUACGCCGCUGUUAAUCGAAUUGAAGAGCAAAACUUUGUCUACAAAGUUACUUGAUGGUCUAACAGAAGUUUGUGAAAAGGAAUGCAAGAAACUCUUAGGCAAAGCUCAAGUUUUACCAAUAUUGAAAUUAAUCCGUAAUUUUAUUGAUGAGAAUCCUUUGAUAUGCUGUUAUGAUGAAAUUUCAGCAUUAAAAAAAAUCUUAGGGAAUGAUGAUGAAUUAAAAUUAAAACAGAAAUAUUCUAGUAUCGGUUUAAAAGUUCAGCAAGGAUUGUAUUAUUUCAAGGCCAAAAUUGAAAUACCGGACAGCUAUCCGACUGAUUGUGUGAAAUUAGAAGAUGCAGACACAAACUUCCCUCCACUAUUUAUUCGCUACUUUCUUGGACAAGGAAGAGAAUUAGGUAGGCAGUGCGUAGAGCCACCAUUGAAAAAGCAAUUGCAAAAAACCCCUUUUGUGCCAUCGCCGUCCUUAAAGAUAGUCACAUCUUUUCUUAUAAGAACAAUAAAAACUUUACCACAAGAACAUUGUCAGUUGUGCAGAGAAUUAUGUCUGCCAGCAAAUCCAGAAAAUGCAGAAACCAACGAAAAUGCAGAUUUGCACAUAGAAAGACUUUACUGUGGUCAUUUGUUUCAUUUGCAAUGUCUUGUGACAUUCAUGAAGACUCCCCCAUUCCAUGGGGGUAAAAAGUGUCCAACUUGUGGAAAACGUAUCUAUCAUGACAAGUGGGGUGUAAGUGAUAAACUUGCGGAAGAUCGUUGGGCACAUCAUCAAGCGCGGACAAGAGAGCUAGCAGAGGUAGCCGAUUUUUUCAACUGAAAUGUAUAUUUCAUUGGUAUCUUGAUGAAUUGCGAUGUUUUUGCGAUAAAUGCAACAUCGAAUCUCAGCUAAUGUAUCAUUAUGAGAGGUUAGACCGGGGGAAAAAUGAUACUGAAUUUUUAAGAAAUCAUUUGUAAUUAAACGUGUUGUAAGUAACAUUCGGGGAUGUAUGUUCAUAGGCCAGUUAAAGAGAUGGUAUUUUUAAUACCGUAAAGUAUACUAUAAUACACUGAACAGUUUAUAUUUAUAUUGCACUUUAUAAUAACAAAUCGCUUAACACGGUGCUAACAAUAUCAUGGCAGUUUCUACUUGUCAUUCGUUUCGCCUGCAUUAUAUUAUAAUUAUUCUAUGACGGAAUGUUGUAUCUGAUUUAACAAAUUUAUUUCAGCAAUUGUAAAUUCUUUAACCAUCGUGCAAUUAAUUAUUAACGAUAAUACCAGAGGAAUGUAGGUUAUGCCGUAAGUUUUGUACAUUUUAUCUAAAUUUGUAUUCGAAGCUACUUUUAGCGUUUGUUUUGUAUUACGCUGAUGACGGGUGCGAGUUAGAAAGAUGUGUUCAAUUAAAAUGUUUAAGAAAAGUAAUCACGACGUUCGUAAUUAGCGUGUGCGAAGUGCUGACUGCAACGGAAUUUCAAAUGAUCGGGACAACCUUGGCACGGAGAAAAGCGCGGUAUUCGUUGCACUGAUUUUAGCGCCACACGCGGCACGUGAAAUCAGUCGAUAAUAUCGACAACCGGAAGUAUAAAUGUUGAAUCGAUUUGUCACUGACAUUCAAGACUGGUUACCUUUAACCUCAUAAUAAAGAAAUAAUCAAUUUUUACCAAGAACGGAAUAAAGUAAAUUUGAGAAAACAUUAUUUGUUAUAUGGAAUGUUAUUCUAAACGAGGUGUACUUACGAUUCUCUUUCACGAGUAUAGCAAUAAACGAAAUGUAUGCGAUCGAAACAGUUCAUUG